GAUUUCACUUGUUACUCACUAAAUUCCAACAGAUAGAAGAUGGAAUUUGAUUUUCCUUAGUACAACAAUUAAAGCAGUGUUGCUGGUACUUUGUGCACUGUUUACUUCAUCAACUCCUCGCAAUUUUUUCUUUCUUAUAAGUUGCAAUCUUGCAGAGAUUAGUUCUGUUUAGCAAGAAGAGACGUUUGUUGGUUCUCAUUUUUAUGCAAUAGCCAUUAUCAACAGCAUUAUUACGUAAUUAGUACAUGACAUGUAUAGUCGUAUAUUAUAGAAAGCAAAAGGGAGAAAAGCAAAAGCAAGAGAAGGAUGCAGAGUGGAGCGUAAGAAAAGCAAAAGAAGAUGUCUUUCUCAAACACAGAUCCCAAUGGAAUGCAGGAUGGAUUUCCGGCAUUUCUUGCUGGAACUCAUUCUUUUUGUUUACUAGUUUAAAGGGACUCACUUUGUUCUCCUUGCAAAUCUUUUCAGUGGGAAUAUAUCUAUGUAUAUACUCACACACACACACAUAGAGCCCAUCCAUUCAGUUGUAUCUAAAACUUUGUUUUUAGAUUUUGUUCUACUUAGUAGUCCACAGCUAGAAAACAAAAAUAGAAAAUGAGUUUCAAAAUGGAGGGGGAACAAAAGAAAGGGUGGAUGAUUAGCUUAUUUGCCUCCCAAUGAUUGACUUGCCUUGCUACAAGAGAAACUUGCUCUGAAUCUCUUAUAAAAGUGUCAGGAUUUUUUCAAUUUCAUAGCAACAAAGAUGAAGUCUUUGAGUAAUGAUGACAAUAGUAACACUAACAGCAACAACAACCACUGGCUUGGUUUUUCACUUUCCCCUCACAUGAACAACUUAGAGGGUCCUCCUACUGACCACCAUCAUAGUACUCAACCUGGCUCAUCAAGUGAUGUUCACAGUUCAGUCCCCAUUAGAUUUUCUCCAACUCAUCUCAACUAUCCAGCCAUGUACUAUGAUACUGAAGGUGUCAACGCUGGCCUUUUCUGUUCUUUCUCUGCUAUGCCUCUCAAGUCUGAUGGUUCAUUAUGCAUCAUGAAAGGUUUCAACAGGUCACAACAACCACAAGGUAUGGUAAGUUCAACACCUAAACUGGAGGACUUCUUUGGUGAUGCGGCAAUGGGGUCCCAUCACUAUGAAGGUUGUAACAGAGGAGGUAUGGCUCAAAGCUUACACAACAUUUACUAUAACCAAGAAAAUGAGACCACAAACAGCCAAGAUUUCCUGAACCAUAUUCAAGAAAACUCUAGACAGCAGCAGCAACAACAACAACAACAACCGAACUACUCUGAUUUCUCAGCAUUUCGAGGCCAUGAACUAUAUCACUCUACUGAGCAGGGGAAAACCGAGUGCAAUCUUGUUGAUGAAAUGUCUGGCAUGAAUAACUGGGUGUCAAGAAACUAUCAGAAUCCAACUGGACAUGCAUUGGAGCAGAAUAUGAUAGGCUGCAUGGCUGAUAAUGGUGGAGAAUCUGGCUCUAUUGGUGCAGUGACAUAUGGAGAUUUUAAGUCCCUUAGCUUAUCAAUGAGCCCUGGCUCUCAAUCAAGUUGUGUCACUGGAACACAACAAAUUUCGCCAACCGUCGCUGAGUGUAUUGCUAUUGAAACAAAGAAAAGAGGGCCUGAGAAGGUGGAUCAUCAAAAGCAAAUUGUUCAUAGAAAGUCUAUUGAUACAUUUGGUCAAAGAACCUCACAGUAUCGAGGUGUCACUAGGCAUAGAUGGACUGGUAGAUACGAAGCUCAUCUAUGGGACAACAGUUGUAAGAAAGAAGGACAGAGCAGGAAAGGAAGGCAAGUCUAUCUAGGUGGCUAUGACUUAGAAGAAAAAGCUGCAAGAGCAUAUGAUUCAGCAGCACUGAAGUACUGGGGAACCUCCACGCAUAUUAAUUUCCCGUUGGAAAAUUAUCAACAAGAGCUUGAAGAUAUGAAGAACAUGACAAGACAAGAAUAUGUAGCUCACUUAAGAAGAAAGAGCAGUGGUUUUUCAAGAGGAGCUUCAAUCUAUAGAGGGGUGACAAGCAGACACCAUCAGCACGGAAGAUGGCAAGCUCGUAUCGGCCGAGUGGCUGGGAACAAGGACCUCUACUUGGGGACAUUUAGCACCCAAGAAGAAGCUGCAGAGGCCUAUGACAUUGCUGCAAUUAAAUUUCGCGGUGUAAAUGCUGUGACAAACUUUGACAUAUCAAAAUACGACGUGGAGCGUAUAAUGGCUAGUAACACCCUUCUUGCUGGGGAUUUAGCUAGGAGAAAAAAAGACACAGAACCAAGCAAACAAAUCUGUAAUCAAGAUCUUAUUGCAAAUGCAAGCCAUCAUGGCGAAAUUAACAUCCAGAACAAAGAGCUUAAUGGAAAUGCAGUAGACUGGACAAUGUCACUUUAUCAGUCUUCCUCUGCUGGAGUUGAAACCAACACAAUGAGCUCUACAACACUACAAGAUCAGGUGGAUGAAUCUGCGCGAAUUAAUACUCAUGUGUCAAAUGCUUCUUGUCUAGUAACUAGCAUUGGCAGCUCUCGUGAAGGCAGCCCUGCCAAAAAUAAUGGCCAUUCGAUGCAUUUUGCGAUGCCUCAAUCAGCACCAAAGCUAAUCUCUAGUCCAUCAACUAAUAUUACCUCUUGGAUCUCAUCAGCCCAGUUGAGGCCUAAUGUCCCAGUUUUUGCUGCAUGGACAGAUUCUUAAUGCUAACAUUAUGCAAAAUUCCUGGUAGUAAACAUCUUUUAAUGUAUUUUGGACAGGUAGUAAGAAGAAGGGAAUCUAAUUUAAUGUAUCUUUUUUGUUUGUUUGUUUUGUUUUGUUCUGAAAAAGCGCAAUUUGCCAACUUCUACCUAUGAAUGGAUGAAUCAAUGGAGAUGGAAAUGCUUUAGGGAAAUUAAUGAUGAGUUAAAAUUGUACGAAA